UCGUAAACCCUCCCCUCCCUCUGAUACCGCACGUGCUUGAUGCCCCCCGCCAGGGAUCCAGCGGGGUGCGCGCGCCGCUCACACUCCACGAGCCCAACCCGCGCAUUGUCCACCGCGCAAAUGUUUUCUCGAGGCAGUGCAACACGUGCCCUUAUCUGCCCUGUUCUCACUCGUAGCAACGGCCGCGCUCGAAAACCCCCCAUCACGCACCCUCGCCCCCCCCCCAACGGGCUAAACAAGCAACCUCCAUACCAUACCACAGCUCCACCCGCACCGUGCGAACCGAACACGACGCUUCUAGACUCGCCCGCGGGCAGCACCGCCUCCACUCCACUCUAUCUACUCGCCACGGCGCAUAUUGCGCGCGCAAGGAGUGGAGUGGUAUGGGACGACUCACUAUACCGUGCGUCGCGCCGUUAGAACUAGUUGCAUUGCACGAGAGAAAAAUGAGAAAAAGUUAAAUCGGCGCACUUUUGCAGGGGUGGGGCAGGGGGGGCUAAGACUAAUGCACGGGUGGAAAGUAUGGAGGUUGAUGCAUAAUUUGUAGUUAUUGCAAGG